CCGCGGUGGCGGUGGCCUCAGAGGAGUCGGCGGGCCCGGCGGCGGCGGCAGCAGCAGCAGCAGAGGAGUCAGCAGCGGCAGCGGCAGCGGCGGCGACGGCGGUGGUGGCACCGGCACCGGCUGCAGCAUCCGCCGCGAGCCCCUUGCUCCGCGGCGCCGCCACCACCACCACCACCCGAGCCCCACCAAGAAGCCCCCGACGCGCUCGCCCCGCCGCCUGCCUCCUCCUCCUCCUCGCCGCCUGACCCCGCGAGCGGCGCGCCCUCCCGCCGCCGGUUGUCCUCGGACUCGCCCUCGGCCUCCGGCGCCUGCCGCAGCGCCCGCCGCAUCGCCCGCCGCAGCCCCGGCGCCAGCCCGCAGCACCGCCCCGGCCUCUGCGGCAGCGCCUGCGGCCGCGCUCCCUGCGCCGGCACCCUGGAGGUGGGGAUGCUCCUGUCCAAAAUCAACUCGCUGGCCCACCUGCGCGCCGCGCCCUGCAGUGACCUGCACGCCACCAAGCUGGCGCCCGGCAAAGACAAGGAGCCCCUGGAGUCGCAGUACCAGGUGGGCCCGCUGCUGGGCAGCGGCGGCUUCGGCUCGGUCUACUCGGGCAUCCGCGUCGCCGACAACUUGCCGGUCGCCAUCAAACACGUGGAGAAGGACCGGAUUUCCGACUGGGGCGAGCUGCCCAAUGGCACCCGCGUGCCCAUGGAAGUGGUCUUGCUGAAGAAGGUGAGCUCGGGCUUCCCGGGCGUCAUCAGACUCCUGGACUGGUUCGAGAGGCCUGACAGCUUCGUGCUGAUCCUCGAGCGGCCCGAGCCGGUGCAAGACCUCUUCGACUUCAUCACCGAGCGGGGGGCCCUGCAGGAGGAGCUGGCGCGCAGCUUCUUCUGGCAGGUGCUGGAGGCCGUGCGCCACUGCCACAACUGCGGGGUGCUGCACCGCGACAUCAAGGACGAGAACAUCCUCAUCGACCUCAACCGCGGCGAGCUCAAGCUCAUCGACUUCGGCUCGGGGGCGCUGCUCAAGGACACGGUCUACACCGACUUCGACGGGACCCGCGUGUACAGUCCUCCCGAGUGGAUCCGUUACCAUCGCUACCACGGCAGGUCGGCGGCUGUCUGGUCCCUGGGGAUCCUGCUCUAUGACAUGGUGUGUGGGGACAUUCCCUUUGAGCACGACGAGGAGAUCAUCAGGGGCCAGGUGUUCUUCAGGCAGAGGGUCUCCUCAGAGUGUCAGCAUCUCAUUCGAUGGUGUUUGGCCCUGAGACCAUCCGAUCGGCCCUCCUUCGAAGAAAUCCAGAACCAUCCGUGGAUGCAGGAUGCCCUCCUGCCCCAGGAGACUGCCGAGAUCCACCUCCACAGCCUGGCGCCCGGGCCCAGCAAAUAGCACCCUUUCCCAUGGGCCUGUUCUGCUCCCUCGAGGGGGAGGGAGAGUGGGAGCAGCUGUCUCCAGCAUCCCGCCGACCAGGGACACUUCCCACCACGCAGGGCAUGCUUGAUGCCGGAACAACAUUGAAAACUCAUUCCAGACCCCAUGCUGCUGGAGGCUGCCUCCUGAACAUGUGGCAGGGUGGGGGGGCGGGAAAAAGACUCCACUCCAGGUGUCCUAGCCCCCCUCACACCACCCCGUUCCUCCCAUAGACACUCUGCUUCUCGAAGGUGUCCAGCACCCUGCUGGGCUUCCCAACCCCUUCCCGCCUGGGGUGAAGGGGUGGACCCCUGCGUGGAGCUGCUCCCUUCAUCAGUUCUUGAGGGGAGCCAGGUUGGGCUGGGAUAGGGCUGUCACCUCUUCCGACUCUGAGUGCCUUCUGUGGGGACUCCGGCUGUGCUGGGAGAAAUACUUGAACUUGCCUCUCUUACCUGCUGCUUCUCCAAAAAAAAAAAAAAUCUGCCUGGGUUUGGUGCCCUGGUUGCCCCUCUUCCCCUCCCCCUCCUGCCUACGAUAGGUGCCAUGGAAGAGGCUGCAGGGCCAAACGCUGAGCCACCUGCCCUUUUUUUUUUCUGCCUCUAGUAAAACUGAGCGAACUGGUCUUCCUUUUUUUGGUUUCUACUUAAACUGUUUCAAAGCCAAGACCUCUCUCACACACACACAUAUACACAUACACACACACAAUGCACAAACAAUGCAAAUCUACAGAACAAGCUGUAAAUCUGUGUACAGUUGGCAUGGUAGUAUACAAAAGGAUUGUAGUGGACCUAAUUUUUUUUUUAACUUUGCCUUUUAAGUUAUUUUUUUUCCUUUUUUUUUUUUUUGUUUGUUUGAGGGAAGAUGGCGUGUUCCAAGCUGGAGGUCAAUGUUAUGUAUUUAUUUAUUUAUUUAUUUGGUUCCUUCCUGCCGCAAGCUUCCACAGCUGCUGCCCCUGUUUCCUUUCCGUCUCUCUGACUUGGGACCUGCUGGGGAGGGCUGGGACACGCUUGCUCUGUUUUGUGGGGUGAUGGGGCUCAGGACAGCUGCUACAGCUCCCUGGCUUCUCGUGGGACGGGGUGGGGGGGCACGGCUGACUUGUGUAUAUAAGAUAGGCUCUAGAAAUCAGUUGUGGAUGGUGUGCCUUCCGGAUCCUCUCUGGGGCUGGGUUUUGAGCAGUAUGUAGCCUGCUGGUUUUAUCUGAGUGAAGUACUGUACAGGGGAAUAACAGAGAUCUUAUUUUUUUUUUUUAUACUUGGCGUUUUUGAAUAAAAUACUUUUUGUCUUAA